AUGGGAAAAAUCCUCCACUCCCUCCGCGUCGCCAUCUGGGGCGAACCCCCUUCCACGCACGAAGAAAGCCACCUCCUCUUCAAACUCGACUGGUUCAUUCUCUCCUACGUCUGUCUCAUGUACUGGGUAAACUACCUCGACCGCGCCAACCUCGCCAACGCCUACGUAUCCGGCGCACGCGAAGAUUUGCACUUUUCCGGCACACAACUCAAUCAAAUCAACACCAUUUUCUACUCCGGCUACCUCCUCGGCCAAAUCCCCAACAAUUUGAUUUUGCAAAAAAUUCCCCCUCGCAUCUGGUUACCUGUCACGUGUGCGUGUUGGGGCCUCUUGACGUUGGGAACGGGCUUCACGCGGCAUCCGUGGCAGAUUAUGGUGAUUAGGUUUUGGCAAGGAUGUUUCGAGUCUUCGUGCUUUGUGGGUGUGCAGUGGAUUUUGGGAAGUUGGUAUAAACCCGAAGAAAUUGGGAAACGAACCGCCAUUUUCACCAGUUCGGGACUCGCGGGGACUCUCUUUUCCGGCAUUCUGCAAGGUUCGAUUUUCAAAAAUCUAAAUGGAAAAGCUGGACUGGCGGGUUGGAGAUGGUUGUUUGUGAUUGAUUUUCUCAUUACUUUCCCCAUUAGUAUCUAUGGCUUCUUCGCGUUCCCAGAUACACCGCACAGCACCACGGCAAAAUAUCUCAGUGCACGAGAAAAGACUCUCGCCAUUGAGCGUUUACCCCCCGUGACCACUGCGCGCGGAGUCCUCGGUCCAUCACUUUUCAAACGCGUGCUCCUCUCCUGGCAAUGGUGGGCGUUUGUAUGGCUCUGGAUCGCCGGCUCCAACACGGAAAUGUUCACGAGCAAUGCCAUUUUCCAACUGUGGCUCAAAUCCGGUUCUGCAGGAGAUUUCUCCACGCCUCAAAUCAACUACAUCCCUUCCUCUGUCUCUGCCCUCGGAAUCAUCGCCACGUUGGCCCUGGGAUGGUACAGCGAUUCCAACCCGCGACGCAACCGGUUGCACGCAGGAGUCUUUUUGGCCAUUACAGCCAUCAUCUCUGGAGGUCUGAUGCUCUCCCCCUCAUCUUCAUCUCAUCGAGCUUCGAAAUUCGCCGCUCUGAUUCUCAAUGGUUGUCAAUCUGCCGGUCAAACGGUAUUUUUCGCUUGGGCAAAUGAUCUCACGCGCCACGAUGAUGCGAUGCGUUCGGUUGUGCUGGCGAGUAUGAAUAUGUUCAGUAUUGCAUUUUAUCUCUGGUGGAGUUUGUUGUUUUAUAAUACGACGCAGGCUCCGCGGUGGUUUGAGGGGAGUUGCGCCAUGAUUGCCAUGGGGGCGUUUACGGCCGUGAUGACGGGCGUGUGUUAUGCGUUGCAGGUGAGGGAUGAGAGGAAGAAGAAGAAGAAGGACGAGGAAGAGAUGGCGUCGUUGGGUGGGGAGAGAAGGGAAGAUGUGGUUGUUGGGAAACUGGGGGAUGAUGACGGGCGGCAAAGCACCCGUGGGGAUGUAUCCGAUCACAGUUGCAAGGCUUGA